GAUCGACAAAAUAUGUCCUUCUCCUUUCUCCCAUCAUCGAGCCAUGCUUUGCGGAUAGCAUGGCUCUCUCACUGUCCCAGAAGUCCAACAUGUUCAGCCCAUCGACGCGCGGCCUCACGCUCGGAGCGGGCGGGCUCAUCAUCAUCCUUCUCGUCUUCUUGAGCUCUCGUUCUCCCUCCUACAAUCCGCUGGACAUCGCAACUGGCAGGAGUCGUGGCUACGAUCAUGACCGCCUCCUCCAAGAUGCAUCGAAUUCGACUCUCGGGUUUCAGAAGAUCUUCGUGAUCAGUCUCCCGUCACGAACCGAUCACCGAGAUGCCAUGUCCUUGGCAUCUGCCUUUACUGGCCUCGACAUCGAAUACGUUGAUGGUGUUACUGAGGUCAACAAGGGCGCCCUUCCUCCCCACGACGAAAAGUUCAAGUUGAGCGACAAGUCAUACGGUAGCUGGAGAGCGCAUAUGAAUGCGUUGAGACUGAUCGUGGAACAAAACCUUACGACGGCACUUGUUCUGGAAGACGACGUUGACUGGGACCUCCGGAUCAAGUCGCAGAUGCAGGACUUUGGAAGAGCUUCGCAGUUGUUGAUCCAGCCCGGUCAAGCCGGGCAAGAAGAGCGUGAUAUCAGCGAAAUACCUCGAACAAGAUCGCAAACCUCUCCAUAUGGAGAUAUCGACCGCUGGGAUCUGCUGUGGCUCGGGCAUUGUGGCAGUCACCUUCCACAGCCUACCGACGACGAUUCCAACCCCACAGUGCCACUCGACCGGGUUGUAUUCAAGGACGAUCAAACUGUGCCCGAAACUCAACAUCUACGAUUCGAAUUUGGAGGAGACGCUCUGAAGAAUGAGUAUGGAAACCACACUCGCGUCUACUCCCACGGGCGGAGGAAUGUCUGUAAUUUCGCGUAUGGGCUGUCGCAGCAAGGUGCCAGGCGCUUCCUGCACGAGCUCGCCGUGGUGCGACUGACGUCCUCCACGGACCUGAUGUUCCAGCACAUGUGCGAUGGCUUCAAGAGACGAAAGCGUCACACUUGUCUGAGCGUACAACCUCCGCUAUUCGAAAGCCAUAGGAAAGUGGCAAUCGACGCGGGGCUCAAUAACGCCGGCGAGAACGGCGAUGAAAGCUAUGACAACGAAGGCUUCACUCCCAACAUCCGAUGGGCCACGAUGGUCAACUUCCCGAAGCUGCUGGCAGGCGAAACGGACUACAUUGAUUGGUCGAAGGAUGGUGAGCCGCGACGAGAGCACAGAGCGAAACAGAAGGCGGCAACAUCGACAGGACAUUAG